AUGCGCAAACCAUCUUACAAUUUCUUCCUAGAUAUUGCCUGCAUCUCCUAUGCUACUCUCAUUAUCACCACGACGAGCAUUUGCCAACAAUUCUACGACUACGUCUAUUGGAGAGACAUUUUGACGGACCAAUUUUAUUAUUCAAGACAAAACGCCGACAAUGCGGAAGUGCAAUACCACAAGGGAGCUCAGGGUAUCAAGCUGGUUCUCGGCUACAUUCGCAUUUUUGGGUUUACCAUUGCAUCGACAUUUGUCUUCUUCUUUGCUUUGUCCCUGGCCGCGAGUGUCUACGGCUGGUUCGCAGCAACACCAAGGACGACCCAUACCAUUUCCACCGUGGGAAGAGUCCUGCCAAUCGUCCUCACCAGUAUCACUGUCGGCCUGAUGCAUUCGCCGCCAGUCCAGGAGUCGUUCCUCGUAUACAUGUUUGUUGCUAAUACACAAUUCGUCCUCAGCCUCUUUGGAAGCGCUGUACUCCUGCUCAUGAUCCUUUUCAAAUACGUCAAUUCGCGACGAACCCUUACAAGUUGGAACGUGCUGUACGGGAAUCCGGGCGCGUCGCUACCCAGCAGUAAUGGCGGCAGUAGCAAGGCGCGAUCCAUCUGGUUGGGAAAUGGGUCAAGCCGUGGAGGACGAAGUCGAGCGUACAGCGGUGCUGGCACCAAUAACACAUACGACAGUUGGUUGGUGAUUCGACUGUCGAUCGCUUUCGCGGUUCUUUGUGUUUUUGAGUACACAAAUAUAAUACCACGGAUCGCCGCCUCAAACCACACCAUCGAUACAGCCAAGAACCUGAUGCCGGACCUUAGUGUGAAGCGAGCACGAUCAAGCAUCAGAGGCUACGUUUCCGGUGUGUCACCGAGCUUGGUCGCAUUCCUCGUCUUUGGCACGACUAAGACGUUUCAACGGAAGAUGUAUGACACCUUUAUGCCAAAGAUACUCUCAAAAAAGAAUAGACAGAAGCGGAACCUUUCACUCUCAUUCGGAGACUCGGCUUCAUCCAACCCACCGGCUCGACGCCCUCCACAAAUGGACGAAUUUUCUCUCGCCGACAUGAGCCCAAAGGUCCCUCAAAGCGGCAACUACAGCCCCCGAUUUGCCUCUGUUGGCAACCUUAGUCCGAGACUACCGUACGAAAGCAACUCGACCUUGGAAUCGAGCCUCGACACGCCGAGGGCGCCACCACCCAAGGCGCAUUUCACCCCAACUGGACAGUUGAUGAGUCCAGGACUCAGCGCUCCCAAUUCACGGGCAACAAAUGCUGGUUUCAAUCCAGGUCUGCAAUCGAAGUUUUCACUGUAUGGGUGGCCCGAAGCGCGGGACAAGGCUCUUCCUCCAACACCCUUCGAAUAG